AUGCGCAGCCUUUUGAGGAGGUUCGCAUUCGUCCUGCGCCGCUACUACCGCGUAUACCCCGGGCGCAAGAGGAUUCAGGUCGAGACGAAGAUAAAGAGCCCGAAACGCUAUGACGAACUCAGAGGCGGGAGUCCGACGACGCUGUUGCAGGGCAACCUCUUCACGCCGGAGUCGGCGGGACCACGCGAAUUGGCGAUGCUCUGCUUUCGCAUCGUCAGCAUGGGUUAUGCGGAUGCCAGCAUCCUGCUGCGGUACGCGCAGUGCGCCGUGAAGCAGAUCGCGCAACUGCGCAUCAAGCAUAUCGCCCUGGUGCUGCACUCGAUAUCGAAAUUCCUUGCGGCAAAUGCAACCCAGAUGGGUCAACCGUCUGGAUCGGAGGUUGAGGCGUUCCAGGCGGAGAUCGCGAACAGGGAACAACUGCUGCUUACGGUGGACGAAUUGGUGAAGGCUGCUACCCCGAACCUGCAGAAAUUGUUUGCUCGGGCCGUGCCGAAGGACCUUGGGAUGAUCGCUUUGUCGCUUGUCACCGUAUGCGAAUGCGCCUUCCGCGAACUCGGCGCCGACCAUCAUGCAUCCCUGCUGGGCACCACUGAGCAGACGCUGAAGCUGAUCGCAACCUCCAUCGGACCCAAGCUGCCGUUCUGCGAGGCGCCGGAGUACGCCGCGCUGGCGAAGGCCUUCUGCAAGCUCCCGCCGCAGCUGGAAUUCGCCGGACUCUUCCUGCGUGAUCUGGCCGACGAGGUCGCCUGUCUGCUGCUGGAGAAGCAAGAGCAGCUGGAGGAACUGAACCGCGGAAGCUACAUAGGAGAUGACCUGCUGGAGUCAUUGAUGGAGCUCCCCAAGGACCUCACAACCAUAGCCUGCGCCCUCUCUCGCAGGGUGCACCGGCACCGGAUGUGGAAGCGGCUGGCCGAGUUUGUGGAACUCAUGCUGAAGGUCAACGAGCAGGGUGAUGGAUCGUUCGCGAGGCUAGAUGGGCAAACAUUGAUCCUGCUCGCCACGUCGCUGAGUCGGCACGCCGACGUAGGGUUUCUUCUGAACGCGUUGCUGGCUCAGACCGCCGCGAAACCGAGGCCACAAUGGCUAAUCACGGGCAUGGAUAUCGCUCUAAAUGCUUUGAAUGAUGUGGAUCUCGGGCAGCGCUUGUGGGACAGCAUCGAUUUCGCACAAGUGCCCGCGCUGGACGACGCGGCUAAGACGCAGCUUGUCCACGCCUCGAUGCGGGUGCGCAAUUUGACGGAGGAGCAGAAGGCAGUCGUGCGCGGGUUAGUAUCCGGAGAUUGCAGCAAAGAGCUGCUGGUGGCUUUGUACGCGGCGAGACACCGCUGUGGCAUUGACAGGACCACGCAACUACUAGACGCCAUAAUGGCAGAUGUAGACCGACUCGGUGUCAGCAGCUUAAUGACCAUGCUACGUAAUGUGGAAGGAGUCCGCGGACUUCCGUCAGGUGAUUCGCAGUGCGAUGUUGGUGAGAAUCACGACUCGGAACACGUGGACGGGGACAGCGAUCUCAUAGGCGCUCAGGAAGCCAUCAAGGCACAGUUGUUUAAUGCACUGGGCAAAAAGGUGGAGUCCGUCCCGCUAAGCAAGCUGUACGAGAUCCUGCUCUACACCAUCGACAACCACGGCGGCCGUGUGGCCGUUAUCGAGAAGAUGGCAGUACGCGUGGGCCAGGCCGCCGCUGAGUACCAGGACCACCACCUUGCGACGCUCAUCGAGAGGCUGCGCGGCGUAGGCAUAAACCCCGAACGGGUGUUCGAGACCAGUCUUGUUGAGCGGCUCCAAAAAGAUAACGGCGACGUGGAUCCACAGCUCGUGGAUAGCUUCGUGGAGGAUGGCAUGCCGCAGGAUUCGCGCGCGGAACCCAAGUUCAGCGAGUUGGGGGAAUUCGACUUCGGGAAAACGUAG